AUGGCCCAAUCUUUCAAUUGGGAUCCUGUUUAUACACCUGAUGUCUGGGAUGAGUUCCGCCCUGCUGUUGCCUCUUCUUACCGACAUAACAUGUAUGAGUGGAAACAAGCUUGGGAAAAUGGCAAGAAGAAGCCAAAAGCUUUGAACCAGACAGUUUGGGAUGGAUUGAAGGAUGAUUAUUGGCCAUUGGAGUCCACUAAGACCAUAUCUACCAGAAAUUCGAAGAAUAGAAUGAGCAGGCGCGGCGGCAAAGGCAUCUCAACACACAACUCCGGUUCAACUAGUUGCAAAGCCCAUGUAGAUGAAUUGACUGUUAACGGUGUCCCUCCCACUUGGGAUAAAGUGGUUGAGGUUAUGCACACCAACAAAACAACGAAGGUCCUGCAAUGUGCAGUUGCACGAGAGCUUGUUGAAAAGAUUGAGAAAAGAAAAAAUGAGAUCUUAACGCAAAUGACUCAAGAUGGUGAAGAGACAUCAUCAAAUCUCUUAAGUUCGGAAGAGAUUAACCAGAUUGUACUUGAAGAAGCUCCCAAAAGAAAGGGUCCAUAUUUUGGCUUCGGAAAUCUAGAUAUUUCUGAUAGAGCGAAGGGUAAUAUAAGUGAAGACUCCAUGCUUGUUGAAGUUAUCGAUGGGUUGAAGACUCAACUGAAAGAGAGAGACAAUGAAGUUUUAGCAAUGCGAACUGAAAUGAAGGCUUUCAAAGAUUUCAUGGAGAAACAAUUCCCAUAUAGUUUUCCAUCUUCUUGUUCGUCUUCUGAAUAA